CACGAUUUCUGCAGUGGUAUUUUUUAUGUCCAUAAUGGCUUCCCGUCGGCUGUGUUUCACCCCGGAAGCGUUCCCUUUCUCCUGACACGUAGCAACCGCAACCAAGUGGACAGCGCUCUGGGUAGAUUUGUCAAAUAUCACAGAGUGAGAGAUGUCGGGGUUUGACAACUUCAACACAGACUUUUACCAGUCUAGUUACAGUGUAGAUGACCAAAACCAGGGCGGUUAUGGCUACAGUAACACCGAAAACCCCUACAACAAGCCUUACGGACAGUAUGAUUACUCCCAGCCCAUGGCUUACUCUUCCCCGGGAAUGAUGCCGCCCCAGCAGCCGUACACAGGACAAAUCUUCCAGCCCACACAGACGUACACUCCAUCCCAAUCACAGUCUAUGUACAGUAGCAGCUUUGAUGACGAACCGCCGCUGCUAGAAGAAUUAGGAAUUAAUUUUGAUCACAUCUGGCAGAAGACUCUGACAGUUCUCCAUCCAAUGAAAGUAGCAGACGGAAGCAUCAUGAAUGAGACGGACCUGGCUGGCCCUAUGGUUUUCUGUUUGGCUUUUGGGGCAACACUUCUCCUGUCAGGUAAAAUCCAGUUUGGUUACGUGUACGGCAUCAGUGCUAUCGGCUGCCUUGGCAUGUACUGCCUGCUCAACCUUAUGAGUAUGACGGGUGUGUCCUUCGGCUGUGUGGCCAGCGUGCUGGGAUACUGCCUCCUCCCCAUGAUCCUUCUGUCCAGCUUUGGAGUUCUUUUUUCUUUACAGGGCAUGAUGGGAGUCAUACUAACAGCAGCAAUCAUUGGCUGGUGUAGUCUCUCAGCCUCAAAGAUCUUCAUCUCGGCGUUGGCAAUGGAUGGGCAGCAGCUGUUAGUUGCUUACCCCUGCGCUCUGCUAUAUGGAGUCUUUGCCCUCAUCUCUGUCUUCUGAAAAAAAAAAAAAAAACAUAAAAUUGAGCAACAGUUCAAAGUAACUGUUCCCCAUUUCUGUAAUUUCAGUUUAAUUAGCAUCAGUGUAGUGCUUGGCUACUUACACUGUUUCUACAGAAAAAUGGCACCGAGGGUUUUUUAUUAACAAGGCUUUACAUGUCACGUCUCUUCAACUUGCUUCCUUCAUGCAUCCUAUAGGUGAGGACUGUCAAAUAAGAUGAUUGAUGGUGAAAAAUAACUUUCCUGUGGACUUUGCUGAGCCUCGGAGGUUUUAGUUCAGUCCUGUUCUUUAAAGGGCAUGAAGGGGAGGAAAGACAGCCAAAAAAACAAUAAUUGAAUUUGGACACAGGUGGGAAAAUAUUCUUAAUUUUUCCAGAAGAUAAUCAACCCUACAACCAGUGAAAAUGAUGAUUUUUUUUUUUGUGAGAGCCUUCUCUUACCCAUAGAUUCUACUACAGCAGGACUAAGGGAAACACCCACUCUCAUUCUGCACAAGACUACAGUAAUUCAUUCGAUAAAAUGGGAGUGGUCUCCUUUUUUUCUCCAGGACUGAGGAGCCUCGAGCCCUGUUGUCUGUGUAGUCAUCUUCACCAGAAACACAGCUGCUCUUCGAUAUCUUAUGUAUUUUAUUCUAUUCUUUUCAGAUUCAUUUGACUUUUGAUGCCUUUCAUGAAGACACGACUACAGUUUGCACAGAGGCACCGUUCUAAUUGUCAAAACCAAGCAAAUUUUGUGAGAUACUGAGGAUAAACAGUCUAAAAGAUACUGUUCGUGUCACGAUGCAGGCGUGUCUGUUUAGAUUUGUCGUCGGUUAAAUCCCUUACAUUUGUUAAACCUUUAUUUUGGAGACGGCUACCUUUGUAUGCUUUGAUGUGUCAUCUGUUGUUUUUGUCUUCUCAUGCACAUUAAAGUUGUUUUUGAAGGUCA